AUGGAACUCCCCAAAGGGAAAGUUUGUGUAACAGGGGCCUCAGGGUAUCUUGCUUCUUGGCUUGUUAAGAAGCUGUUAUUGCUUGGUUAUAAUGUCAUAGGAACUGUGAGGGAUCCAGGAAAUUACAAGAAAGUGGGGCAUCUUUUGGAGUUGGAGAGUGCAAAGGAGAGGCUACAAUUGGUGAAAGCUGAUCUUUUAGAGGAAGGAAGCUUUGACCAAGCCUUUGAUGGUUGUCAUGGUGUUUUCCAUGUGGCUUCUCCGAUUGUUGUGGCAGAUUUAGAUCUAAAGACAGAGAUCUUGGAUCCCGCUGUUAAUGGCACGCUAAAUGUGCUACGGUGUUGCAAAAGGAACCCAUCGAUCAAACGUGUGGUCCUAACCUCCUCCACAGCUGCAGUAAGAGCAAGAGAUGAUUUCGAUCCAUCUAUACCCCUCGAUGAAUCUUCCUGGAGUUCUGUUCAGCUCUGCCAAAAGUUGAAAGUUUGGUAUGCAUUGUCAAAAACCUUAGCUGAAAGGGCAGCAUGGAAAUUUGCUGAGGAGAAUGGGAUCGAUUUGGUGACCGUUCUUCCCUCAUUCAUCAUAGGCCCAAGCCUACCCCGUGAUCUAAGUGCCACAGCCUCGAAUGUCUUGGCUUUGCUUAAAGGAGAUUCCCCCAUUUCCUUGAGAGAUGGACGGAUGGGAUAUGUUCAUAUCGAUGACGUGGCAUGUUGUCAUGUGUUGGUGUACGAAGAUGCAAAGGCCAAAGGGCGUUAUUUAUGCAGCUCCACCAUCCUUGAAAAUUACGAGUUAACAUCCUUUCUAAAGGAGCGCUACCCUAACCUAACCAUUUCAAGUUUUGGGAAGCAUCCUCGACCUUACUAUGAAUUAAACACUUUCAAGCUGGAGAACCUGGGCUUCACAUUCAGGAGCAUUGAAGAAAUGUUUGAUGAUUGUGUUGAAUCCCUCAAGGAACAAGGUUAUCUAUGAUCCAAGAGAGAAAAUGAACAUAAUAUUUGGAAAUAAUGAAAACUAAUGAAAUGGGUGCAUUAUCAUUAUCUUCUUUUUUUUCUUAUCCAUGCACUUUCUAUGGGAUUGUAUCUUACGAGACUAUUUAGCAUUAUUACAAGAGGUCACAAUCA